AUGAAGAUUCUUUCACUCGUCUCGGUUUUUGCCUCGGCUGGGGUGCUGGUGCAUGCCGCCGCGAUCGACCAGCCUCCCACUGCGAAGAUUGACCCUCUAGCGCGGUUGGACGAGUUGCGACUGCAGCUUCAGCGGUACGAAACGCCCGUCAUCCAUGCCUACCUCUCUCGAGCCGCCCUCGGCGCUUCCACCGAUAUGGAAUACGGACGGGCCCGAUUCAUAUUCAAGUCGCUCACAGCUGCUCCGAAAUGGUUCGAAUUCGCCCAGCCCAACCCCAACAUCACCGACUGGCUUGAGGAAGGAGGCAAGUCGUUCAACCAAGCUCCAUUCCCUCCUGCGGUUUGGACGAACCUCCCGGUGGUUUUGCCCGAAGACGCUGUGUUGGAUAAACCCGUCAAGGGAAAGGGAAUCUUUCCUGUGGGUCGACGACCCCAAGACGCUUCGAAUCUGGACGGAUUUUUGUUCGGCAACUUUGGCAUGCUCCCAAACGACCCCACUCUCGACGCAGAAGCUACGGUGUUGCUCAAGGCAAGCUUGCUUAGGCUGAUUAGUGCAAGAAUCGUCAUUGGCCACGAAAUUGCCCUCGCCAAAUUCGAAAGUAACCCCCAAGCAUACUGCACCAUCCUCAAGAAGGAGCCAGUCAGCGAGGAGGAGCUGGUAAGGGAGAUCACGGAUGAAAAGCAGCAGGUCAACGUGCUCGGUAGAGUUCAGCAAAAGGCCAAAGACAUGACAAAGCUCUACAGGCAGGAUCAAAAGUAUCCAGAGGGCACUGAGGAUCAGGUUCUGCGUCUCUUCCAGGCGUACAUUGUUCCGCUUACGACCAAGGUCGAGGUGGUUACGCUCCUCGACCAGGCCAAGAACUGCAAGUGA